UCCACUCAGUCAGGAAUCACAGCACACAUGCUUCGCGUCGUUAUUUUCUAAAAUAUACAUUUGAAUUCAUGUUUGCCAUCACUUCAGUGCACUCCGUUAUUCCAUCGACUCAUGUCGUAGAUGUCACGCACACGAAGAUGAAUCAUGACAGGUGCGCGCACUCAAUCGGGUCAACUGUCUGUGAAGACUAAGACCGACGAACACAAUUAAGAGGGUGUCGAAACAAGCGGGUUGGUUCAUUCAUUUGGUUGGGGGGGAAAACAACCUGAGUAGGAAGAAAGAGGAAGAACGCCUUGGAAAUAAUCGUUGGACAUGCGACAUGAGUAACAUCAGUGAUGGAGUUGGAGGGCUUCUGCCCCUCUGGAACUUCAAUGGCUCCUCAGUCAACAAGUCCAGCGACCUGUUCGCCAAUGAAACCUGCAACGUGUCCACCAACGAUUCGAUGUUCUGCUCGCCAGCGGAUGACAGCGCGCCAGCCACCAGUCCGUAUAAGGCGGUGGAGAUGUUUUUUAUUGCCUUGGUCACCGGCUCACUUAGCCUUGUGACUGUCACAGGAAACAUUUUAGUCAUGCUCUCCAUCAAGGUCAACCGCCACUUACAAACUGUCAAUAACUAUUUCUUGUUCUCAUUGGCAUGCGCUGACCUGAUCAUUGGGAUCUUUAGCAUGAAUUUGUAUACAGUUUAUAUCAUCGUCGGACACUGGCCACUCGGACCCGUGGUCUGUGACCUCUGGCUGGCUUUAGAUUACGUGGUGUCCAACGCAUCGGUGAUGAACCUGUUGAUUAUCAGUUUUGAUCGCUACUUUUGUGUGACCAAGCCGCUCACGUACCCUGCGAGAAGGACGACAAAGAUGGCGGGCUUGAUGAUUGCGGCGGCCUGGAUCUUAUCCUUCAUCCUUUGGGCCCCUGCCAUCUUGUUCUGGCAGUUCAUUGUUGGGCAGAGGACAGUGCCACCUGGAGAAUGUUACAUUCAGUUUCUGUCAAACCCUGUGGUGACAUUUGGCACAGCUAUAGCUGCGUUCUAUCUCCCAGUCAUAAUUAUGACCGUGCUGUACAUCCAUAUCUCGCUGGCAUCCAGGAGCAGGGUUUCCAAACAUAAACCUGACAAAAAGGAGAAGAAAGGCUCAAAAGCACCCGGUCUGACUAAGAGCCACAUGCUAAAGCAGAACAACAACAAUGAAAGCAGUCCUCGAACCAGUCCGCGCUUGACACCCAAGAUGAGUUUGGACUCAACAACAACUGUUGAUGAGGCUGUGAAGAAUGGCAGAGUGGGUGCAGCCAAAGCAGAUGGACAACAGACGCCGGCUCAACCCAGUCCAGGGCUCACAACACAGGAGGAAAAGGAGAGCUCCAAUGAUUCGUCCACAGCUUUUAUUCCCCCAACAGAACCAAAGGCCAACAACGAUGUGAUACCUGAGGCUCCAACAAAUUCCAACCCCGUUACAGCAAGUUUGACAAAUCCCUCCAUGUCCAAAAUCAAUUCGAGGUGGUCCAAGAUAAAGAUUGUGACCAAGCAGGCUGGGGAUGAAUGCAUCACUGCUAUCGAGAUCGUCCCACCGGUGGAGGGCGCCGAGAGGCACUCUAUCCCCAUCAGCCGCCCCAGGACGGUCGCAAGGAAGUUUGCGAGCAUCGCUCGGAGCCAAGUGAAGCGGAAAAGACAGAUGGCCGCCAGAGAAAAGAAGGUGACCAAGACGAUCUUUGCCAUCUUGCUUGCUUUCAUCAUUACUUGGACCCCCUACAACGUCAUGGUGCUGAUCUCCACCUUCUGCCAGUCGUGUGUUCCCGACACCGUGUGGGCCAUCGGGUACUGGCUCUGCUACGUCAACUCCACCAUCAAUCCGGCUUGUUACGCCCUUUGCAACGCCACCUUCAAAAAGACUUUUAAGAACCUGCUACUGUGCCAAUACAAGAACAUCGGCACAAGAUGAGCGAAGAGGAUUGAGGCUGCGGGAAAACUGAGCGACUCGGGAUGGACGAAGGUAUUUGUGAUUUAGUCUGCCGAAGACAUUUGCAAUGAAGAAGCAGACAUUUCUGUUUCAAGCAACAGAAAAUUGAGCCUGUACGUCCUCUAGCUCCCUCCAUAAAAUGAGCAAAACAUAAGUAGAAAAAUACAUUCAUCAAAUAUCCUGUGGGGGGAGCAGGAAGGACAAUAAUUUGACAUUUUAAUGACAGUUUUAAUGAAUGCAUGUAAAAUACUGAAGGACAGCGGAACGAGUUGCGGAGCUUCAAUUGAUGAGUGAUAGAUGGAUGGAUGCUUUAUGAAAGCCGAUGACAAGAUAAUCAAUCAUAUUUGCUGACCAAAGAUGCUUGGAAGGUUGCCACUCUGCAUUCCUAUAAAUUUUUCACCCCUCCCCCCCAUUAAUUGUUUUUAGUAUCUUGACCCUUUCCAUCCAAGCCAGGGUGGUGUGUGUGAAAAUUGAUUGUAGACUACAAAUAUGAAAAAAAAAACAUCCAAGAAACCGUGACCUACGUGGUAGAUUUCUCAAUCCAAAGAGACACCACACAAUUAUUCAAUAAUAUCAAUAUUUUGUUUAUCAGCCAUAUAAUUGACAGACUCCAAGCAACCAGAAUUGUGAACAUCAAUUCACAAUUGAUACUUUGACAUUACUGCAGGGAAUGACGUUUAGCAGCUAUUGUUAGUAAAAGCCAUUUCCAUGAUAGCAUACCACUGUAUGUUACUGUUUUUUUUUUUUUUUUUUUUUCAAAGUCAACUGAUUAUGAACCUUAACAGGAAAAAAAACAAUUCAGGCUGCUGUAUAUCUUUGUUCCACAGCACACAUAUGCAGCCUCUAGGGAGAGAGCAGGUUUUUAUAUUUUAUUUUAUUUUUUUUUUUUUUUAACUUUUAUUGAUUCCCAUGUUUUCAUUAGAAAAAAAUGUCAGCACCACCAUUUUAAUUCAACACAAAGCUAUUAUUCUGUUGUAUAAACAGUUCAUUUUAUCUUGAGCCCUGGAAGUACAUGUAAUUGUUCCCGCUAUCGCUAUACAUAAUUGGCAUUGAUAGACAUGAAUCAUAUUUAUUGUGAACACAUAAUGAUUUUUAGACCAAUGAAGCGAGACUAGAAAAUUUCCCCGCCCACUACACUUCAUGGUCUUUAAAAGACCAGUAAUGCGCCAAGGAAAAGUGGUUAAAACCUGUGUCUUAGUGUGGCACCUAUGUGAGUUAGGGCGAGUGCGCUGCCUUGCUCAGUGGCACCACUAGUUGGGAGGAGACUCUCAGUUUGAACAAGUUGCAGUUUAUGUUGCAAGCAGGACUUCAGUAAAGCCAGAGUCCCUAGAAAGCAGCUAUGGUACAUCAAUGAGUCUGGUCUGGUACACUGUAUGGCCAAAAAUCCAACAAUUUCCAGCUGCGACUUUCACUCACUGCCAAUUUACAGAUAGCUAGAACUAGAGCGACAGGAAUGCUGCAAUAUGUUUUAUUUAUUUGUUUAUUUAUUUAUUUUACACUUUUUAUCGUUUUCCACAGGAAUUCAUACAACAUAAUCAGAUUUAUUAAAUGUAUACAGUAUUUAACAUGAAUGACAUAUUAAUAUGCUUUUAUAUUACAAUAUUAAUUCAUUUAAAUCAUGUAAAGGAAUAUUUGUGUCUUUUUAAUGUAAAGUUGGGUAUAAGGACAUCUGUUAUAUAAAAUAAUGAUAAUAAUAACAAUUCUAAAUAAGAAUGCACAAGAAAUACUACUUGUGUUUUUGUACAUCUGGAAAACUGUUUAAUUUAAAAUGUUGUUAUCGUGUUUCAAAGUAAAGUGAUUGCUUUUGAUUGUUCCAAGCUGUACCACAGAUCCGAGCUUAUAACAGCAUGAUUUUUGUCUACGUUAUGUCAAGCCAUCAAGACACACAAAUGGUUCAACUCAUUAAAUGGAAUUAGGCCUUGCCUUUAAUUAAGCUUAGUUUAUUACAGGCAUACGUAUAUCUCAUUUGACUAUUUUAAGGACAUAACGACAGCUUUUUUUUGUAUUUGAAUACUUACCAAUACCACGUACUGAUACAGUACCGGAUGAUGCCCUGAUUAUGUUUUGCAAUUGUGAUGAUUUCUUAUUUUCUAAACCAAGAAACACAAAACUCAAACGUAGCAUGGUCAUAUUAAUUUAAACACUAGAGUAACAACUUACAUUUUCACAGUCUGGCCACCUCUUUUGCCGCCUGAGCAUAGCAUGAUUUGCAGUUGACGGUCGCAUUGUAAUAUGGCUGAUAUUACUCUUACCUGGAGAUUAUAAUGUACGUCAGGCUGGUGAAGUGGUAUCGGUGUUGUAUAUUUGUGUUUGUUACAAAUGCUACUGCAAACGUACAGCAUCAUCCUAAAGAAACUGGUCUCAGUAUUGGUACACUUUCUACUGGGGACAGGACUUUAAUAAAACCAAACAGAUUGGGUCAACGGGGUCAGGGCUACAUUUCUCACAAAUAUGAAUCUAAUUAAUUGAUAGGCGGAAUGAUCAAUGCAAAAUAAAUCCGUACUGACUUACUCUAACUUUCCCACUGCAAAUUUAUAUUGUUUUAAUCUGACAUUUUUUCUUAAAUCUAGUCGAAUAAAUUUCUCCGUUUUGUAUUGAGUGUUCAGAUUAAUACCUCAGAUUAUUGCACUUAAAUUAAGUAAAUAUUGCUAUUUUUUCUUAUUAAGCCCAUGUAUCUAAAAGUUGGUAAUUUUUCACCUAAAUCCAGAAAAAAAUCAAGUCAUGUUUUGAACACUAUUCUUGAAUUAAGAACAUUUCUGACAAACGCUUGUUUUUUUUAACGUCAAAUAUACUUAUAUACGUACUGUAUAUAUAUAUAUUUAUAUAUAUACAGUAUAUAUGGCUGAAAACACUCAGGUGACUUGAAGUUCCGCUCUGAGACCCCCAAUUUGACCAAAUUUCAAAAUUGUCCUAUAGACCCUACCCACGUGACGUCACAACUCCGCCCUCCUGACUGGUGCCGCCCAAUUGUCCGUCAACACAUCGUGUUUACCUGUUACGGCCACGUACAUUCCUCCUAUUUACGGCGUGUUUUUCUCCUCGUUAACAUUAAUAAUCAAAAUGGUGAAGGCGUGUGUGGAGGUCGGUUGCAAUAACAGAGGAGAUAGACGGAGAGACUUGAAGUUCUACCGGAUUCCGAGAGACCCGGAGAGGAGAGAGCGAGAUGGGCUGCUGCAAUUCGACGAGAAAACUGGGCUCCAAACGAUUACCACAGAUUAUGUAGUAGUCAUUUUAUAUCUGGUAAGAUGCAUUUAAUAUAUAUUUAGAGGGUUUUGGGCUGACAACCACAAUUAAGGCUAAUCGCCGACAACAUACACGUAUAUAUGUAGUGAGAGUGCUAUCGCUAAACCAUAUAAACAUUAAAAGCCCUACCUCCAUUGACAAAUGACAUGAAAUACAUUAGACUUGACAGUGGAUGUUAGCAAGAACAAAAGAUUUUGAAUAGAAAAUUUCGUAACUCACCUUUCCAAGCACAAGAUAGAUUCCUGCCGAAUUUUCGUGGACGAGGACCUGUUUCACCCAACCAGCAACGAAGUAUUUAUAAGCCUCCAAGCUCUUAAAGUUUUUCAAACUUUCGUGAGAAUAGGCUGAUUUUGUGUGGACAAGAUAGUUGUAAAUAUUAGGGUAGCUAGCAGAUGUCAGGCAAAUACGGCGAAGACAGCGGGUCGAAAAACAUCGAUUUAGGCAUCAAAUAUGGAUCUGGCAAAUGGAUAAACUGAAGCUUUUCCACAUAACGCCUUUUAUGCAACGCAUCCAGUGAGUUUACGGCAUCCGAAAGCACCGGGUCUUCCAUGAAAUGCAUUAUAAAUUCCUCGAUCAAUUGAGACCAUUGAUAAUACAGACACAAAAUGACGGACAAGGGGGCGGAACAAUACAGCGAUCACGUGAUUUUCUGACGUCGGUGGGUAGGGUCUAUAUGCACGCGUGAUACAUCAUUGGAAAGCUUAAAAUCUCAAUUUUCUGGAGGAAGAAAAAUUUUGAACAGGAGGGCAUUUAAAAAAAAAAAUUAAACAGCAAAACCCUAACUGGAGUCGAGAGCAAAGCCGCCAUGAUUUUAAUGAGAUAUUAUCGCGUACUUACCUGGUUUCGAUCCUAAAACUCCAUGUAUCAUGUAUCAACUAGUGUCAAGACACAGCUGUGAAUGGCCACAGCCAGAUUUUUGGGGCUUUUAUGGGUGAAACAUGGUAAUAUAACAAGGGUCGCAAUGCAGAAAUCAGAGACAUCAAGGAGUGGUCCAGAUGUUCUUUUUCAUAUAUUUACCCAUUGAAAGUUUUUUUUUUUUUCAAUUUUUCUUUGUUUGUAUCGAUUAUUUAUCAUCUAACAUGUUGGGGAAAAUGCGACAGUAAUAUACAAAAUAUACAAUUACGCGAUAGUUGUGAGGUAGAUAUCGAUGACUUUUUUCCAGACGCCAUUUUUUUCAUUGUGACGUUAUUCGUUUAAAAGUUCAAAAUAUGCGAGUGAAAAAUUUUUUUAAGUUUUUUUUUUUUUUUCAAACGAAAUAUUAGACAUCAAUUAAUGAUUAUAAGCUAAAAAUGACAGACAUUUUGAGUAAUAAAUAUAAUUACUGAGCUUCUUUCUAUGGCUGGGUUGAAACAAAAGCGGUUGCGCGACGUCUGUAAAUGGGGCUUUCCAGGGUAAAAGGGACAAAUUAAAAAUAGUUCGGGGGUUUAAUGCGCCAUGAAUCUGCUAUGGCAGCAUACAGACAUAUUGUUCUAUCAAACACAAGAGUUCUUUUAGUUUAAAAUAUACCAGUUUAUUUUAAAGAGAUUGAGUAAAAUAUACUUGAAGCACUGGUAGAUAAUAUUACUUAUUUCUUGUAGAUUUACACUAAAAGCAAGGGGAUUUUAUUUAUUAUUAUUUUUUUUCAGUUUUAAGGAGGUGGGUUUUUGCAGUGUAUAUGCAUUGGUUCAAGUGAUACACCGUUCGAUUCAAACCUUUGUUUUUUAAAAAAACUAUUAAGAAACAAUUUGAAAACUUCUCGAGUUCGGGAAAUUCACACAGGUUAACGUUUCGCUGACUCUGAUGCAGGUCUGGAAAAAAAACUACAGCUAUGUUGUGUCUCUGACAUACACAGUACUGUAUGCUAUACGGAUACAUGGAUUUCACAAACAAGAAGUAAAGUAUAACUGCAUGAUAUGGAGUUGUAAUUAGGCUGACAGAGACAUUACGUUUGAUAUCCGGGCUUUAUAUGCAGUGUGAUAAUUUUAUUCACCUCACCAUGUUGUCAUCAAGCCUUUCGUAGAAAUGACUGACUAGAGGUAAACAACAAUAUAGUUAGAUCAUCAUGUUGAUUGCGUGCACACUUGAAACUGCAAAUGCAUUUUCAUGUGGACAAGAGUAGGGCAGGUAAGUAGUAUAUGAAGAGUGGGCAAUCUUCUUGUUGAAAGACAAUCAUAAUUCACAAUCACAUGGGUAGGUCUCAGUACUUGAGUCUAUAUUUUGUAGAAAUGUCUUUUUUUGUGCUACUCUUUUGUCUGAUUACUUUCCCCCUCUUUAUGGUCACUCAGGAAUAAUUAAAUGAUACGUUUUUGGUUAAUGACACAAUGUUGCAAUAGAGGUUUUCUCAAAGAUAAUUUUUCAUGGCUUUACUCAAAAUCAGACGUGUACAUACGUUUUGUUAAUAUUUGGACCUUUCAACAGUAUGACUCAGGCAAACUUUUUGGAUGUCAUUCCACCAUCUUCUCAUAGAUGUUGGCAGGAAUUUCUCCAGAGAGAACUGGUUCAAUUAAGUCUAGUUAGGUUUUGGGCCAUUAGCUCUAUUAGCACUGAAGCUUUGAAAUGAUGCUUUACUAUUUCAACAUAAUGUUGUUACGUCAUUGAUGCCAUGAACCUUUUAAAGUGCACCAAACAAGCCCACAACAUGAUCCUGCCAACCCCAUCUAUCACAGUUGGGAUGAUGUUCUCGCAAGAUUUUCAUCCAAACAACAAUACUGACACACUCAUAACAGCUUCAGCCAACAUCUUCGUAAAGUGUUUUUGCUUUUGUUCCUUGAUUGACAUGCCCAUUUAACGGUAUAUUGAGACAUACAAGCUGUCUUCUUCUUGACUGGUUUGAUGGCUUGACAUUCCAACAGUGUUUAUACUUUAUAUGUGUGUCUACAAUGAUUUGAAGAGGUUAACGUGGCACAAUCAGAAAUGCACAAUUCUCUUUCUGAUAUCUUGGCUUGAUUUGACUUUCUAAUGAUGUUACAUAAAGGAGCAGUAUGACAUUUUUUAAAUUAUUUAAAGGCAAAUGAAACUCACUGUAUGUAAACCGUCUUUGAAGAAAGUAAUGCCUUUUUAAAGAAUCGUUCAUUAUUCUGGUAUUUAGCAAAUAGAAAAAAUUUUGGUGACCUCAACUGACCUGAAACAGGAAGGUCUUUAAUGUCAAACAGUGAGGGGGGUAGUAUAUGUUAUGUGUCUUUUUACAAUGUAUGUACUGUAAAUCUCUGGUUCUAACUGUACAUGUCCUGCAAUUUUGACAAAGUUUUGCCCUGGUGCAAUUAUUUGCCGGUCGAUCCCCUAGUAUUGCGUUCAGAAGCCCAAAGUGAGGAGUGGAUUUUGGUCUCCCACUCCCGCUUCUUCUCAGCUCCCUCUUCUGGUCCCUAAAAUCUUUUUUUUUUUUUAACUACCGGUUAUUUACUUUGUUCAGCAACUGUUCUAUUGACGGCUCAAAGCUAGCGGCAGUCAUGUCUUGCCGGAUCUUUUUAAAAAAACGGCUUUGUGCAUGAGGCUCCCUCGAGUUUUCGUUGGACCGCUUCAGAAGACCACAGUGCCCAAAAAAAACUGGCUCUCCUCCUCUGACCACUGCUGCUUGGGUUUAACAUCCAUUCUGCUUAAGGGUUGGAUUCGGUAUGAAUUUGCAUGUCUUUACCUGCACAAUAACCCUGCCCCCAGCCCCCUGACGUAGGUAGCCCUUUGCUGACUCUCGUCUGGCCCAGCAAUGAGUUGGUGUCUGCUGAGCACCCAUUUUCAGGGGCUAGUGCUCGUGCUUGGGUGAUCAAAAUAGAAAGAACCGGUGUUCACCCAAGAACUAGCAUGACACUAGCACCAGUUUCAUCUCCGUGGAAAAGGGGCCAAUGACUGUAGAUACGCUUAAAAAAGUCAGAUUUCUUCAGGUAUAGUAGACUAUUGUAUUUCAAAAAGCUAAUUACUAUGACUUAAUAACAGUACUUUCUCCAAAGCCAAAAU